UGGAGAAGACAUUGGGUUCAAAAAAAUAUUCACUGAAAAUUGAAUGGUCUGAAAUGAUACAAGAUUUUAAAAACAAUGUGUCACUUACUGAUUUACAAGAGGAGGAAAGCAAAACUCUCUUUGAUUUAAUGGAUUCAAUAACAAAGGUGAUUGCACAAUCUCCAAAAGACCUCAUCACUGAAAUUGAAAAAAAUUGUAUCAUUGAAGUAAAUGACAUGAGUGAAGAAUAUUUCUCUAGUUCAUUCACAAAUAUGUUGACCAAAGGUAUCUUGACUUAUGAGCAUGGUUUAUCAUAUGAUGA